GCUUCCACUAUAUCUACAACCGACCGUCACCCGCCGCUCCCGAAUUCGAAAAGAUCGGCAGCCUCCGUUCUCCCCUCCCGGAUUUUGUUCUCCUCGCGGGUCUCGAUCACCUCUCCAGGGUUUCACCCCGAGUCUCUUUUUCGUGAAGAGGAAAAACAUUUGCAAGGUCAGAAAUCAGGAUGAACGGCAUUGGAGGUGAAGCGAAAGAUCGCGACCAUCUCACUUUCGGCUACUACGUUACCGGCCAUGGCUUCGGCCACGCCACCCGCGUCGCCGAGGUUGUGCGGCAUCUCAUUGCUGCUGGGCAUGUUGUUCAUAUCGUAACGGGGGCACCGGAUUUUGUUUUCACGAGCGAGACCCAGUCUCCCAAUCUCCACAUUCGCAAGGUUUUGUUAGAUUGUGGAGCCGUGCAAGCUGAUGCUUUGACAGUGGAUCCCCUCGCCUCUUUGGAGAAGUAUGCUCAGACAGCUGUAGUACCUCGGGCUUCUAUCAUAGCAACUGAAGUGGAGUGGCUGAAAUCUGUUGGGGCAGACCUAGUGGUCUCAGAUGUUGUUCCUGUGGCAUGCCGAGCAGCGGCCGAUGCUGGGAUUCGCUCUGUUUGUGUCACAAACUUUAGUUGGGAUUUCAUAUAUGCAGAGUAUGUUGUGGCGGCUGGGUAUCAUCAUCGUUCCACUGUUUGGCAGAUAGCUGAAGAUUAUUCUCACUGCGAGUUAGUACUCCGUCUUCCUGGAUAUUGCCCAAUGCCUGCUUUCCGGGAUGUUAUUGAUGUGCCUCUAGUAGUCAGAAGGUUGCACAAAUCUCGGUUGGUGGUAAGGAAGGAACUAGGGAUCGGAGAUGAUGUGAAGUUAGUCAUUUUCAAUUUUGGUGGACAGCCAGCAGGAUGGAUACUGAAGCAAGAGUGGUUACCUGCUGGUUGGCUGUGUCUGGUCUGUGGAGCGCCUGACAACCAAGAGCUUCCUCCUAAUUUUAUAAGACUUGAAAAGGAUGCAUACACUCCAGAUUUAAUAGCAGCAUCUGACUGCAUGCUUGGAAAAAUUGGGUAUGGCACAGUCAGUGAAGCUCUAGCAUACAAAUUGCCAUUUGUCUUUGUACGAAGAGAUUAUUUUAAUGAAGAACCUUUCUUAAGAAAUAUGCUUGAGCAUUACCAAAGUGGUGUUGAGAUGAUUAGGAGGGACUUACUCACUGGACAAUGGAUGCCGUAUCUUGCACGGGCACUUACCCUUAGUCCGUGCUAUGAUGGUGGCAUUAGUGGUGGCAAAGUGGUUUCCCGCAUUCUGCAAGAUAUUGCUAAUGGGAAAAAUCAUGCAUCAAAUAAGUUGAGUGGGGUGAGGCGAUUACGUGAUGCCAUUGUUCUUGGCUAUCAAUUACAAUGCGCUCCUGGUAGAGAACUUGGCAUUCCUGAUUGGUAUUUGCUUGCUGAAAAUGAAGUUCACCAUCACACUGCAUCGCCAAAUAAUGAAAUGAAUGGGAGUGCCUAUUUAGAGCAAUUAUGCAUCGAGAACUUUGAGAUUCUUCAUGGGGAACUUCAUGGUUUAUCUGAUACAAUGGCUUUUUUAAAGAGCUUGUCAACUCUUGCAAGUAGUGCUGAUCCAGGAAAGGACACCGAGAAGCACCUAUUACGGGAGCAGGUUGCUGCUGCUGGGCUAUUCAACUGGGAGGAGGAAAUUUAUGUAACAAGAGCACCUGGAAGGUUGGAUGUAAUGGGAGGGAUAGCAGACUAUUCAGGAAGUCUUGUUUUGCAGAUGCCAAUUAGAGAGGCCUGCCAUGUUGCCAUUCAAAGGAAUCAUCCUAAUAAGGAAAAACUCUGGAAACAUGCCCUUGCACGACAAAAGGCAAAAGGACAAGAAUUCACUCCUGUUCUGCAAAUUGUAUCAUUUGGAUCUGAGUUGAGUAACCGAGCACCAACCUUUGACAUGGACUUAUCAGAUAUGAUGGAUGGCGAGCAACCAAUGUCAUAUGAAAAGGCACAUAAAUUCUUCGCACAAGAUCCGUCACAGAAGUGGGCAGCAUAUGUGGCUGGGGCAAUUGUUGUCUUAAUGAACGAGCUGGGUGUUUGCUUUACUGACAGUAUCAGCAUACUGGUUUCUUCUGCUGUUCCAGAAGGCAAAGGUGUAUCUUCUUCUGCUUCAGUGGAGGUUGCCAGCAUGUCUGCAAUAGCUGCUGCUAAUGGACUAAAUAUUUCUCCAAGAGAUUUAGCAUUGCUCUGUCAGAAGGUUGAGAAUUAUGUUGUUGGAGCUCCUUGUGGAGUGAUGGAUCAAAUGACCUCUGCUUGUGGGGAAGCUAACAAACUUCUUGCAAUGGUUUGCCAGCCUGCAGAAGUAAAGGAAUUGGUUAGCAUCCCAACUCAUAUACGUUUCUGGGGCUUUGAUUCCGGAAUACGUCACAGUGUUGGAGGGGCAGAUUAUGGAUCUGUUAGAGUUGGUACUUUCAUGGGGCGUAAGAUGAUUAAAUCUGCAGCAACUGCCUUGCUGUCCUCUUCACUGGAUAGUGGGACUUCCCUUGAAAAGGUGGAUGAAAUAAAUUCUAAUGAAUAUGAAGAGGACAACAUCGAGUUACUUAAAACUGAAGCUUCUCUUGACUAUCUAUGCAACCUUUCAACGCACAGAUAUGAAGCUAUAUAUGCUAAAAAUCUUCCUGAGAGCAUACUCGGAAAGACAUUCUUAGACAAAUACAUCAGUCAUGAUGACACAGUAACCACAAUUGAUCCUGAGCUCAAUUAUGGAGUCAGAGCACCUACUAGACAUCCAAUCUAUGAAAAUUUCCGUGUUGAGGCAUUUAAAGCACUAUUAAGCGCAGGAACAACAGAUGAGCAACUUCGUGCUCUUGGAGAACUCAUGUAUCAGUGCCAUUACAGCUACAGUGACUGUGGACUAGGCUCAUAUGGGACAGAUAAAUUAGUUGCAUUAGUGCAACAAGUGCAGCACCGUAAAUCAUCUCAACAUGGAGGCGGGACUCUAUUUGGUGCAAAAAUUACUGGAGGUGGCUCAGGUGGCUCAGUUUGUGUUAUUGGACGAAACUGUGUCCAAAGCAAUGAAGAAAUUCUGGAGAUUCAACGGAGGUACAGAGAUGCAACUGGCUACCUGCCAUUUAUCUUUGAUGGUUCAUCACCGGGUGCUGGAAAGUUUGGCUACCUAAAAUUACGACGUCGGCCCCUACCAGAUGUGCAUCCAGAAGUUUAAGCUAGAAUCAAGUGUAAGUCUUGAUAGAAUGUAGUCAUGUUGGGCUGGCAGAUUCAUUGCCAUUUAUUUGUUUACCCUUUGUCAUUUUUUUGACAUAAUAAAAUGGAAACUAUUGAUCUGA